AGUCAGUGUUGAGGAGGCGCUGAGAGGACAGGCUGGAGUGUCGGAAUUCACGUUAGUUACCUGUCAAGAUACGGAAUAACAUUACUUGCUGCACACCGUGGAUUAUUUCUAGUUUCGACAAACAAACUGCAAAAGAUUACCUUCGCGGUCCAGCCAUGGGUCUGAACGGGGCGGCCUGGAGGGGAGAGGGGGAUUUAAAUUUCUCUUUCGUCCCAACAGCUUCUUCUGAUUUGAAGUAAACGGCGCACCGGAGCAGAACCGAGCUGUUUCUCUACACGUUUGACUGAGGCGAAAGUUGUUGCUCACAGCAGAAAUUAAUAUUCACGCGUUCUUUCGUUUUUGUCGAUAUUUUGUGCAGUUUUUUUCUCUUCUUUUUGAUUUUCUUGGAGAGCGGAGGUGGCCAACUGAAAGCGACUCACCGAGUCGGGACUGACCACUGGAGGUGGUCCUGAAAAUGGAGGCUGUUAUCGAGAAGGAAUGCAGCGCGCUUGGAGGACUCUUCCAAACGGUUAUCGGAGACAUGAAAAGCAGCUACCCUAUCUGGGAGGACUUUAUCACCAAGGCUGGCAAACUGCAGUCGCAGCUCAGAGCGACUGUGGUUGCUGUGGCUGCCUUCUUGGAUGCCUUUCAGAAAGUGGCCGACCUGGCUACCAACUCAAGAGGUGGGACCAGAGACAUUGGAUCAGCGUUGACCAGGAUGUGUAUGAGACAUCGCAGCAUAGAGGCUAAACUCAAACAGUUCUCCAUGGCCUUCCUGGAGGGUCUGAUCAACCCUCUACAGGAACAGAUGGAGGAGUGGAAAAGAGGAGUCAACACUUUGGACAAGGACCAUGCUAAAGAGUACAAGAGAGCUCGGCAGGAAAUCAAGAAAAAGUCCUCAGACACGCUGAAACUUCAGAAGAAAGCAAAGAAAGCUGAUACUCUAGGUCGUGGUGAUAUCCAACCCCAGCUGGACAGCGCCAUGCAGGAUGUCAGUGAUAAAUACAUUCUGCUGGAGGAGACAGAGAAGCAGGCCCUGAGGAAGGCUCUUAUAGAGGAGAGACAGAGAUUCUGCUGGUUCGUAGCCAUGCUGCGGCCUGUAGUGGAUGAGGAGAUUUCUAUGUUGGGAGAGGUCACCCAUCUCCAGGGCAUCUCUGAUGACCUCAAAGCCCUGACCUCUGACCCACACAAGCUUCCUCCUGCUAGUGAACAGGUGAUCUUGGACCUGAAGGGCUCAGACUACGGUUGGUCAUAUCAAACGCCGCCCUCAUCCCCCAGCACCACUAUGUCCAGGAAGUCUAGCAUGUGCAGUAGUCUGAACAGCGUUAACAGUAGUGACUCCAGGGGAUCCAGUGGCUCUCACUCUCAUUCUCCUUCCUCCUCUUCUUCCUCCUCUACCUCACACCACCUCUUCCACCACCAUCACCCCCGUCACCGGUACCGUAGCUCCACGCUUCCCCAGCAGGCCCCGGCUCGCCUCUCUAGCAUCUCCUCCCACGACUCGGGCUUCAUUUCUUCAUCACAAGACCAAUACACAUCGUCCAAAUCAUCCUCGCCUAUGCCAGCUGAAACAAAGCCUUGUCCCAUUUCCAGCUCCUCUGAGGUGUCAGAGACUGGGCAGUUUCACAGUGACUGCAGCAGUGACCCUUCCUCUCUAGCUGCUGCUGCUGCUGCACCUCAGCACACUACUGACAAGUUGUCAAAUGGUUUCGACCACUACAGCCCAGUCAGUUCCCCCUACCUGCAUAGCAACGGGGGGAGUUUGGGCUCAGGCUCCAGCUCCGGCACUGCCUUCCACUUCUUCCCUCCGUCCUCCCCAUCCUCCACCUCCACCUCCUGCCCCACUCGUUCAUGGUCACGUCCCGCCUCAGCACUGCUGCCAGACUUACCUCACUACAGCAUAAUGGGCUCUCCCAUGGUGCCUUCAUCCCAAGUCCCCAGCUGGAAGGACUGGGCAAAGCCAGGGCCUUAUGACCAGCCCAUGGUCAACACACUGAGGAGGAAGAAAGACAAGGAGACUCCAGCUAUAGUGGACAGUAACGGUAGUAUGAGCAGUGAAAGCAACCCUGCCUCUAUCUCAACCUCAGCACCAGCUCCAGCUGCGCUACAAACACCAAGCCCAGUGGAAGAGAAGAACAGGACCGUGGCUGCACCUCUCAAGGCUGGUGAUAUUGAGGUCCACGAGGAACUGGCUCUGGCCUUAUCCAGAGGUCUAGAGCUGGACACCCAGAGGUCCAGUAGAGACUCCAUCCAGUGCUCCAGUGGCUACAGCACUCAGACCAACACACCUUGCUGCUCUGAAGACACUAUACCUUCACAAGUAUCGGACUAUGACUAUUUCUCAAUGGCCGGGGACCAGGAGUCUGAGCAGCAGCAGUCGGACUUUGACAAGUCGUCCACCAUCCCCAGAAACAGUGACAUCGGCCAGUCGUACCGACGCAUGUUCCAGACCAAACGGCCAGCCUCCACAGCCGGCCUGCCGAGCACGCAGGCUCCCUACCCUGGACAGGGGGUCUACCCUGCUGGAGCCUACCCCUCCACCCCUAUCCACACAGGAGCUUAUCCCUCCACUCCUACUGGGCCUUAUCCUCCUACCCCUACAGGCUCCUCCUGCUCAGGUCAGGGAUAUUAUUCUGGCUCCAGUUCUCAUAAUGCCUCUGGCUCCUAUUCUACAGGCCACGGUCCAGUUAUCGUCACCCCUGGGGUCGCCACAAUCCGCCGCACCCCCUCUUCAAAACCUUCUGCCCGCCGCUCAGGCUCAGUUGCUGGCACAGGCCCCAUCCCUAUUCGUACGCCUGUCAUCCCAGUAAAAAUCCCUACAGUGCCCGACAUGUCAGGAGCAGUUAAUGGAAGCAGGAGUGCUGAGGAGAUGGGAGGAGUAGGAGGAGACCAGAGCCCAGAUUCUCCAACAUUGGCAGGAGGGGAGGAUGCUGGCGCGCUGCCUGUGAUGUCUUGGAGCGGUCAGGCUACAACCAACCCUCCCACCGUCCCCCUACCCAACCAGCUGACCCAGCAGCACCUUCAGAGUGAGAUGGGAGAAGACGAGGCAGGAGAAGGCGGAGACGGCAACAUGUUGGUGGCCAUCCGCAAGGGGGUCAAGCUCAAGAGAACCCUCACUAACGACCGCUCUGCGCCACGCAUCGCAUGAUGACAACAACACAAUACGCAAGCGAGAGUCAUAAGAGACGUGAGCUCAUAGCACAGAUGUGAGGCUCCCCCUUCAUUGUGUUUGCAAAUGGGGUCAGAGGCUUUAGAAAAAUGUGAUUUACAGAAUCAUAAGGCUUCUUCGUUAAUAUACGAAGCCUAUUUCACCUAUUUUACACAGUUCUCAUUCUGUAAAUUUUCACCUGUGAGAAUGCCUUACUACAGAAGCCCUCUAGAAUGAUUCAUAGAGGAAAUAUAUGCUAUUGCUCAGGUGUUGGGUGCCAACCAAGCAUUUUAGCACUAAGAUCACAUCUCCUAAUUUGGCAAAAAUUAUGUAAAGCUAGUAAAAAUAUUCGUUUGGAGCCAAAGCGGAUCACAGGCCUAUGUCUGGUAUAUCCUUGUACGGUAAGUUAAGUAACCAAGAUAGGACCUAAUUUCUUUCAUAGGUCCUAGAAUAAAGGGUUUCAGCACUAAAAUGUUUUUGCAAAUCUGAGUCCUCAAAUGUGUAAUUAAAAUGUAAAACAUAAGGAUCUUUUUGUUAAUAAAUAACAAGAGAAGGAAAGGGUAGGUUUAUACCACAUUAUGUUCAUUUCUUUAAGAGGACAGUAAAGAAGUAUCCAGUAUUCUCCUUGAAGCAGAAGGACAGUAUGUGUAUGCCUCCUCUCAGUGUAGAAUAAACACUGUGUAUUAUAUGUGUAAACACUCAUUGUACAAUCGUGGGACAAAUAAACAUUUGAACUGUUGAGUGACUUUGCAGAAGGAGCGCAAUAACCAGUGCAAGUACUACACAGCACCAAGAGAGCAGUACUCAGGUAGACUAGAAGGUAAAGGCUCAGCCGGUCAGCUUUUAGAUUGUACCAUUUGGCAACUCCCGAACUGAACUGACUGCUUACUUGGAGGGACGCCAUAACGGCUGCAGACCGAUGCUGUGUUGUCAAAUCCAUCUUCCAUCCAGAAUACUUAAAUACAUGGUUGAAUUCUCCACAAAGUCACUAUGGGCAGAAGUAUGAAAAAUAAAAGAGAGCUUGUGUAAAUGCAAAGGAACUGACACUGUGUCGCAGCCCGAGGUUCAUCCAAGAAGAUGAAAGCAUCGCCUGGGCGAUGCCAUCAUAUAAAGAGACACUACUACAUGUUCUGGUUGACGCUACAUGUUAGGUUCUGUUUUGUGUUAGCUGUUGUAGUAUUUACAUGAUUUGUAAAUAAUUUUUCACGUCUCUUGCUGAGAAGUGUGUCGUUGCUUCUCACGCUCUGUAUCUUCCUGUAUUUCCACCUGUUCCUCCACAGUGCCAGAAUCAUUCAGUUUCAGCUUUACACAGAACAUUUAUUGGUUUCAUUUAAUGAUCAAUGUUGAGUUUGGAAACAACUCUGACAUGCCCCAUUACCAUUACCAUGGGAUGUGAACUGGUUUUAUUUUUUCAUCAUUUUUUCCAUUAUGAAUCUCACAUCAUCCGCAACAUCUACAUGCUGAGCUUUGUAGAACUCCUCAGUGGUUUGUGUUUAUACAGCAGCCCUUGCGUUAUAUUGGCCUCUUAUUUUUUUGUAGCAUUGAUGUGCCAUCCUGCAACCUGCUGUGCAUCGAUUGCUCAUAACACUACUAAUAAAUGUUAAAGUACACAUGUGCCAUGUCAAAACCCCAUGUUAAUUCAGAUUUAUAUAUAUUAUAAAACAUUUUAUAGAAGAUAAUAAGGCAAAAUAUUUUUUGAUGUUUUGAAAAUCAUGAGUUAGAAGCUGUAAUUGGUAAUGCCAAACUUUUUAUUUGUCUGGUUGCUGUUAUGUUGAACUUUUCUGUUGUCUACUAGCAUGCAUGCCCACCUUCUUUGAUUAAUUAGGUUCCUAAUCUGUCAUCUGAAGUCAUUCUAGCUCUAAUUUUGGUGUUUUAUAUUUAGCAUCAAAGGCGACAAGGGGACAAAUCCAAUAUGUAAAACAUUUGUUACCCUAAAAACUAAGAAAUCACAUCAAACCCCACUGUAUUAUUUAAGCAAUACAUCAUUAUAGGUACUUUUUUUUUCUUUUACAGGACAAUAAGAUGUUUCAGAUGUGAGGCUUUUCCUCAGACUGCAGCAUUGUAAAACUAUAGGCUAUAAGGAAUUUGCAUUACUGAGUGAUAGUCUGUAUUUUAAUUUGCAUUUCAGUUCAAGCACUGUGAGACCAUGGCUACUACAAGAUGUAUCAAACUGUAAAUAUUUAGCUGUACAAGUUAGUCCAGGAACUCACACAUUUUUAAUUUAUUUUCUUUCUCAGUCUUUAAAUCUUUUUUCUUUCCCAACCUAUCUCUAUUUUUAUACUUAUAUAAAAUAUCAGAGUAAUAGAGUUGUUGUUUUUUUCCUUUAUUCAUGCAUGUACUAUCUGAUGAUGUGUUGUAAAUCAGAUUUCAGCAUCACUGAAUUGUUCUUUGCUGUACUCCUAUGAUUCAUUUAAGUCCCUUAUUUCACACACACACGUGCAAAAACUGCAUUUUAACAGUGCUGGCUUAUUUUAAAAGCACACGCAGCUACACUGAAAUGUGUUUGUCUGACCUCCAACAGGAGCUCAUAUGUUUUGGCUUCAUGGUGGAGAGAGUUGCAUCAGUAUUAUGAGUUAAGUCAAGAAUUUUCUUCAAAUGUUAAAUAUUAAAAAUUCUUUUGCAAACUGAGGGAAGUUUGCUGGAUCAUAAUUCAACAUGCUAAAUUUGAGCUGUUCUCUGAGGGUGAUCUGUAUUUAAAUGUUAAACCGUAGUUACUGUACCAUUGAUUCGAGGUAAAAUGUAUUGAAAGUAAACAGCUGAUCUGGUAGCAAUCUGUCAUAUUAGAUUUGAACAAAUGUCACAGUGUCCAUAAUGUCUGGCCCAAAGACAUCUUAGCAUGUGGAUCCAGUUUGUGCUUUCAUAAAUACUGUACGAUCUCUGUGCCAGACUUAAUCUGAUGAACCACAACCCACUGACAAAUCAGACAGACACCCCCUGUACUGUUAAAUUUCAAACAGAGUAAGGAUAUUAUUGCUCAGAUGUUUUGGUAAACUCAGCAUUAAGUUCUUGAUAUUAUUGAUGAUGUUAAUGUUUGUUUUUUGGCCGUCCACCUGUCUUAAACGUGUAUUAUCAACAUGUAAUUUUCAUAUUUAAAUUGCUAGCAUAGUAAAUAUAUACUAUAUCAGAGUUGCCAAAUGUCAGUAUAUCCUAUGAAUAAGAAGUUUAUAGUUUGUGAGGGUUUGAGAGUGCGGUUAAACCUGGUUUUUAGUUUAGUUUUUAGCUUAUCCCCCCCACCCCCACCCUCCCACUACCCUCCGAGGAGAGUUGACCUCUCUGUCUGUCCCUGUACAGUUCAACAGGUUAUGAUGCAGUUUGUUUCAGAAAGUGAAAG